GCACAUAGAAGUCAUUUGGGCGAUUUACACAGCAUCGCGUGCGAACUCACCGCUUGUCGUGACAGCGGGACAGAUGCUUCUCAGGCAAAUGCUGCCUUCAGUGCGGGGAGCGCGGACGCGCUACGGCGCAUGCUCUCCUACCUCUCCCGAGCGGAGGAUGAGGAGCAGCGCCUUGCUCCACAACGCUCUGUGAGGAGGGGUGCUGAGGUCAUUGUGUCUGCAGGGGAUCUCAUGAUGGAAAAGGAAGAGGAGGGGGAGUCCAGUGGCAACAACCAUAAGACUCAAGUCAUACUGCACCUGCAGCCCAUCUUGCACGGGGCAAAUUAUGACAAUGCAGAUACAAGCAGUACAGUCUUGGCCAUAGAGACACAACAUGAAGACAGCAAAUCAGAGGGAGACAGUGUGGAAUAUGGCUACCCCAUCACUUGUGGAGAAAGCAGAGCUGUUUUACUGUUUAAGAAGUUUGUGUGCCCUGGAAUCAAUGUUAGAUGCGUGAAAUUUAACGACCAGCUUAUCAGUCCUAAGCAGUUUGUACACCUGGCAGGGAAAGCCACUCUCAAGGACUGGAAAAGGGCCAUCAGACUGGGCGGGGUUAUGCUCAGGAAAAUGAUGGACUCCGGCCAGAUAGAUUUUUACCAGCAUGACACGGUGUGCAGCAACACGUGUCGCAGCACCAAGUUUGACAUGCUGAUCAACAGCACACAGGUUCCUCCGGGGACCUCAGUGCAGCCCAACCCCUCAUGUUUGACUCUGGAGCCUCUUGGAGGACAGGUGCCUCCCCUGACAGGAGAUGCUGUACAUGAUUCAAAUGACAUCGAGGAGUCUUUGGAGGAUAAGUUUGGAGGAGAGUGGAAAACGGCAAACAUCACCACAGCCAAUGGACAUGCAAAGAGGAAGAGGACCGACACACCUGAUGCCAUAUUGAGCCUGUGGAAGGGUGUGGCAGAGUGCGGACUGAUGGGGGGUGUCCUCGCCGGUCUCCAGACGCAGUUAUUGGCUACUCUGAAGGGACUUGAGGUUCGCACCGAGACGGAGUUGCAGGAAACGGAUGCCAUCAUACUAAAUUCCCUGUGUGAGAUGUUUGGCCUCUUAGACUCGGUGAAGCAAGCGCUGGAGCAGAGAUGCAGCCAGCGGGAUGACAGUAAAGAUGAAAGCAUUUAUGCGCUGGGGGAUCUGUCAAAGGAAAGAAGGAAGCAGGCUUGUGUUAAAAACCCAUCCUACAAAACUGCAGCCCACAAGCACCUUCGACCCCAACGCCACCCGCCAUCCAACGUCAGCAACACUGUGAUCCAGCCUCUCUCUCUCGUGGGCUUACCCGCACCGCAAUACACUCAUGCACCCUCCAUCAACCCUACGCACAUCGGCCACUUCCUCGCGCAAAGGGGACUGCGCGGUAAGGGCCAAGAGAGAGCGCGGGCGCUCUGCGAGUCUGACAAAGCGGGGAACGUGCACAGGCCCGGACAAGGACUAACCUUGGGGACACGCCAAGAUCUUGGACAGAGGGGGUGCACGCUUCAGCCUCAGCUAGCAAGCGAGGAGGUAAAUGAGGGAGAGACCUUGCGUGACUUUCAAAAGGUGGCUUUGGGGAGGAAGGGAUUGAAAAAACUUAAAAGUAAAUAAAACCAAGAUAUUCCCAAAGUCUAAAGCAAAUUACUUUCUAUGUUUCCCCUCGUGUAAAAGUAGUCGGAGUGUGGAAAAAUGCCACAUUUCUGACAAUAUUUGUAUUGAAAAAUAAUUUUGUGAGUGAUUGUAUAAGUGUUGAGUUUUUUAUGACGCAAAUUUUUAAACACCUCACUCAGUCUUGUAUUUAGUCACAAUAUGUGCAAUAAUGCAUAAAGAUGCUGCACAAUAAAAGCAAGUUGUUAUGA